AUGCCUGCUCGAGCAUCGCCAACUGGCUUCAAGCCGUUAGAAGACACAAAGCUCUUCAGCUCGGUCAAGUUAGGCCACUUGAGACUCGAGCACAGAGUUGUGCUAGCUCCCUUGACGAGAAUGAGAGGCACAAAGGAGGCGGAUGGCGUAUGGGUGCCCAAUGACCUGAUGGUUGAAUACUACUCACAACGUGCGAGCCGAGGUGGCUUCAUGCUUACAGAGGCGUGUCCUAUUAGCCGACUGGCAUGUGGCUAUCCUGGCGUUCCUGGAAUCUUCACUUCCAGCCAGAUUGCCGGCUGGCGACGUGUUACCGAUGCCAUACAUGCCAAAGGCGGCUUCAUCUAUUGCCAACUGUGGCACGUUGGUCGUGCCACAACUCCAGGACUACUUGGUGGAGAGCCAACGCUUAGCUCUAGUCACAUACCCAUCACAGGCAAUGCUCUGGACAAUUCAGUUUAUGCCUCGUACCCGCCAGCACCUAUGACCAUUGAGCAAAUAAAAGAUGUUACGGAAGAAUUUGCUGCUGCUUCUCAAAGAGCACUGCAAGCUGGGUUUGACGGUGUCGAGAUUCAUGGGGCGAAUGGAUACUUACUCGAUCAAUUCCUUCACGACAAUGUCAACAUUCGCGAUGACAGUUACGGUGGAUCGAUUGAGAACAGAUGUCGAUUUCCAUUAGAAGUCAUUCAAGCUGUGACAAGAGCAGUGGGGGCGGACAAAGCUGGCAUCAGACUCUCACCUUUCAACUACUUCCAGGAUACCAGGGAUUCGAACCCAGUUCAGAAUUGGGCUUACCUGUGCGAGCAGAUUGCAUCUUUGCCAGAAGCUAGCAGGCUAUCUUAUGUGCACAUGGUUGAGCCAAGAUUCGACGAAGUUCUCGAAGAGGCAGCUAAAUUGGACUCGCUCGAACGUGAUACUCAGUCCGGUAAGACAGCAAACUCGUUGAUCCCAUUCCGCAAUAUCUUGCAGAAAGGGGAGGUCAAGUUUCUUGCUGCGGGUGGGUUCAAUCGUGAUAACGCUGCUCCCAAGGCCGACUCGGACUCGGCGGAUGGUGUAGUGUUUGGGAAGUGGUUCAUUGCAAAUCCAGAUCUGCCCAAAAGGUUGAGAGAGGGUUUGCCAUUGAAUGCCUACGAUCGUGCGACCUUCUAUGGUGCCGAUCCUCCGAGCAAAGGUUAUGUAGAUUAUCCUGCUUUCGAGCCAGGAUCUAUAGCACCAACGGUGUAA